CCCGUGCGAAGCCGGAGCGGGUCGCUAAUUUACUAUAAUUUGUAUUUCUUUACAGAAAACACUUCUCUACCAGUGAAGAUAAUAGCUGGAAAACCGUGCUCUUUGCAGUCGAACUACAAAUUUACUGAUGGAAGCAAUAUUACUAUAAUUUUGCAAUUCUCAAACGAGAAACAUUUCAUUAAUUAUGGAUGGUUGCGGCUAAGAUCUGAAGAGGACAAAGUACUAAUAAAGGAAACUUUGAAAGUUAAUUCUUCUAUCGUCGUGAACAAAACUAUGGCUGGUACAUGGGAAUUUGAAUUCUAUUACUAUCCAAAUAUGUCUGAAUUUCAACCAGAAAAGGCGAAAAUUCCACACUACGGAACGAACUAUUCUUCAAGUGAAUGCAGAACUGUUGUGGAAAUUCUUAAUGCCACAAAACCAGUACCGUCAGAUGACAAGUAUAUGAUAAUAGGCGCUGUAGCGGGAGUGUCCGUACUCAUAAUAUUAGCUCAAACAGCUUACAUCGCCGUAUUGAAAGCAAAAGCUCGAAGUUUGAAUGCCCAUAAACAUAUAUCUAAGAUAACACCGGAAACUGAUGAACAUGAAACAGCACGCUACUGCGCGAACCCAGUUCCAAAGGCUUUGAAGAUCGCGGCUCCGAGGGAUGAUGAUGAUGAUGACGAUGAAGCCAUUUACGAAGCUCCUAAUAUUGACUUGAAUGGACGCAUUGGUUUGCAAGUACCCCAGCCUCCAGCUGUUAACACAAUACCUCGUACUCCAAGAACAGACCACAAGAUCAGAGUUGGUCCUCCAACGAUGCUACCACCAGGUCUGAAAGAGAACCAACAGCCUACCCUCCCAAGAGGGAGAUCAAACGAUCGAGAAGCGAAUUUGGCGAACCGGCCACCUCUGCCAUUGCCCAACCAACCUCAAGAAGUGUAUGAGGAAAUGGAAUCUGAGGAUGUCUACGAACCACCUCCUGUGAACCCCAUGCCACCAAGACUACCCAAACCUCCAAAGAAGGUGCCUACAGGCAAACUCCUGGACGUGAAGGAAAAUACGUUGAAGCUCAAACCCGUGAACAAGCCUCCGGUCACCCCCAAGCCUGGGAGACCAAGAUCCAUUGUGAAUUCUCCGGGAAAUGAACUGGAACAAGUUCUAAAAAGAAGAAACAACGCAGUGGAACAACAUACUACUACUCCUAAAACCAAUGAAUUGGAACAAGCUCUACGGAGAAGAAAUAACGAUAUGCAGACUUCUGAGUUAGAAGCAGCAAUGAGAAGGAGAAACAAUGUUGCGCCAGUCCCAGUAACAACUAUUCCCGAGCCUUCUCGAUUGAAGCCCAGUUCCAGACCACCUCCUCGAAGCCGAACAGCCGAGCAGUCGAAGCCUAGAAGUCCACCAGUGCCUCAACCAAUGCAAGAAGAAAUAUAUUUCAACGAGAACCGAGAUUCGUCCGAUGAAGAAUGGAAUUAUGAACCGCUCAAACCUUAUACUAAUUACGAUCCUAAUAUAUACAACAUUUAGUAAUAUUUAUUGAUAGAAGUUAUUUAACCCAUCUAUUGUAAAAUUAUAAUUAGGGAAAGUUUGUUUGUACAUACAAGGCUCCGGG